GAGGACUGACAACUCAUGGGGCCCCUGAGCAAUAGGGGAUCAUGGGGCCCUGUUGUUGCCCAAACUCAAAAAAGCCUAACCAGGGGCGUACUGACAACUCAUGGGGCCCCCGGGCAAUAGGGGAUCAUGGGGCCCCUGUGUCCUUGCCCAAACUCAAAAAAGCCUAUGAAAAAGGUACCAGGGGUAUCUCAUGGGGCCCCCUACUGACCCCGGGUCCUCGGGCAGUGCCUGAGUUUCCAAAUGGUCAGUCCGCCCCU